AUGUCUCUUGCAGCUUCUCCAGCUCUUGCUUCGACCCAACAUGCUUUCACGCGACCUUGCGUAAAUUUUCGUCCUAGCAUUUGGGGCGAUGUUUUCCUUCAAUAUGAUUCAGAAUCAUUGCUGGAAGUCAGUGACAAUAUGAAGCAACAAGUUCAAACGCAAAAAGAGGAAGUGAAGAUGAUGUUUCUAUGUUCAGGCAAUAAUAUUACACAAAAAUUAAACUUCAUUGACUCAGUCCAACGUUUGGGUAUAUCUUACCAUUUUGAACGUGAAAUUGAUGAAGCUUUAGCACAAAUCCACAAUACAUUCACCAACAAUAACUUCGGCACAGAAGAAGGGAGCCUUCACCAUCCUGCGUUACUGUUUCGUUUGCUUAGGCAAAAAGGAUAUCACAUUUCAUCAGAUAUAUUUAACAAAUUCAAGAACAACAAAGGAAACUUGAAUGAAAAACUUGCCGAAGAUGUUCAAGGAAUGUUGAGCUUGUAUGAAGCUGCACAAUUAAGGGUUCAUGGGGAAGAUAUACUAGAUGAAGCACUUGAUUUUACAUACACUCACCUUAAGUCCUUGACCAAUAAGUUGAACCCAUCUCUCGCUGCCCAAAUCAGUCACUGCUUAAGACAACCUCUUCACAAGGAAGUUCCUAGGUUGGAGGCAAGGCAUUACAUGUCUUUCUAUGAAGAAGAUCCUUCCCACAACAAAGUUCUUCUCACCUUUGCAAAAUUAGAUUUCAAUAUGCUACAAAAACUGCAUCAAAAAGAAGUCGGCAGUAUCACCAAGUGGUGGAAAAAAUCAGACUUUACGACAAAGGUCCCUUACGCUAGGGAUAGGGUGGUUGAGGCUUACUUUUGGCCGUUGGCAUUCUCCUAUGAGCCUAAAUAUAGCACUGGGAGAACGCUAGUGGGCAAAUUAGUUGCAUGUAUCUCUCUUCUAGAUGAUACUUAUGACGCCUAUGGCACAGUUGAAGAACUUGAACUCUUCACACAGGCAAUUCAGAGAUGGGAUAUUAGUCCCAUUCAAUCUCUUCCAGACUGCAUGAAAUUUUUAUUUAUUGCAAUUGUAAAACUGUGGGAUGAAAUAGAGUUGGUGACUGCAGAGGGUGGAAAAUCCAGCUUGGUGUUGCAAUAUGUUAAAAAAGCUUUUUGUAAUUUGGCACAAGCCUACCUAGUUGAAGCAAAAUGGUGCCAAGAGGGCUAUAUUCCAACAUAUGAUGAGUAUAAGGAUAAUGGAGUUGUAUCUUCUACACUCCCACUUCAGAUAAUAUCGUUUCUUGGCUUGGGAGAAUUUUCAACUAAAGAGUUGCUUGACUGGAUUUUCAGCGAUCCAACAAUCAUAAAAGCUGUAUCAGUUAUUGGCAGACUCGCUGAUGACAUAUCCUCACAUAAGUUUGAGCAACAACGAGUACAUGUUGCUUCAGCAGUUGAAUGUUGCGUGAAGCAAUAUGGCAUUUCACAAGAAGAGGCACAUAAACUCAUUCUCAAGGAGAUCAAUGAUUUAUGGAUGGUUAUAAACGAAGAGUGCCUCAAACUAGGCCGCAUCCCAAAGCCCGUGCUUGAUUGUAUUCUUAAUGUGGCGCGUAUGAACGAGUUUACGUAUGCAAACUUUGAGGAUAAAUACACAAAUGGGGAGCUGUUGAAAGAUUACGUUGUUGCACUGCUUGUGGAUCCAAUAAGCAUCGACCAACAUUGUAACGGGCCCAUGUGA